CGCCUCGCGACCACACAACGGAAUGGCGCGGGGGCAGCAAGCCGUUGGGGGCCCGACUCCGCAAGGAAGGCAUCUUGGGAUGGGGCUGCUCCCGGCCCGGAGUCCGUCCCCGCCCGCCACUCGUAAUGUCGACCCCAGAGAUAAACGCCCCGGAGUCUCCUUUGGCUCCAACGCAUAAAGUUGGCUUCGCCAAAUACAGAUGGGAAUGCAAGCAAAGCUCCUACGACUACUUCAUCAAAAGCGGUUCCGGAGAUUUAAAAGUUCUGUCUGUGAUAUUAUUGAUAGUGUCGUUUAUCUUGAUGAAAAGAACCCAAACAGCCAAUGUGUUCGUUCCAGUGGUCUUAAUGAUAGAAUCCUUCCUCCUUUUUUUCUUCAUUUUUGCGAAUAUCCUGGCAUUCCCAAGAUAUUUAACAAAGCUGAUCUGGCCCAUUUUUGACAUGCUCAAUGACUUUUUUGCAUUUAUAUACCUUGCAUAUGUUGGUUUCUAUUCAAUAAUUCAUCCACCAGCCACUAUGGAUAAAUUAUACUGGCAAGUAGCUGGACUCAUACUUUCUGUUGCCUUCUUGUCCAUAGUAGAUGUUGUUUUACAAGGCUGGGGUUUUUUGGAUUGGAGGACAAAAACUAGAAUGAAGUAUAAAAGUGACUCUGCAACCAGAUCGAAGACUCUGGACACUUAAAAUCUCAUAAAAAGCACAAACAUGUAUCAUUUUUCUUUUUACUAGGAUGAUUUUCUUUUCCACUAAAAUUCCCAUUUUGACAUUUUCAUGGCAAAGUGCUGUCCCAAAAAAUAAAGAAUGUAUGAAAGUCUUUCCCAGAGGAAUACCAAUUUUAGCCUUACCAAAUACAGUUCUCUUCUAAGACCUCACCUUGGCAUAGACAGGAAUAGUCUUGGGUUCUCUGAGGCCAAAACAGCAGAAUUCAUUUUAAGUGCUUUAUAAAUGAGUCUUAUUUGCCUGUCUGCAAGCUCUACCAGAUUGAGGCAGUCUUGAAUAUGGCCUGAUAAUACCAUAUCUGUCAUCAAGACACAAGACCUGCUGUUCAGUAGUACGUAACACUAUGAUAGCUUCAGGAUAACAGAAAUUUGGUUCACAGUAACUCAUUGGAGCAUUUGCCGAGUCAAAAUUUGUGACCUGUAUUAGGGGAUGGAAGGCCUAAACUCUAGGGAUCAGAUCCUUGAAGAACUGAAAUAUCAAAUAAAAUUCAACUGGAAGAAUC